UGCGAAGAUAAUUACUUCAGAAUAUGACAUGAUACUUACGCUAAGAAUAUUAUCACUAGUUAUACCUUACUGCAUUACUAUUUGUAAAUGUAUCACUUUUUUACUUCUUCCUACGAGUAUAAAAACACUUAUGGAAUGGAUCCAAAAUGAUUGGAAUACUUUGGAAGAUGUGAAUGAGCUCGAAAUAAUAAAAAAAUAUGCAAAUUUUGGACGACUCUGCACAAUAACUUUUUCAGUAUUUAGUUAUUCAUGCGCUUUCGCUUUACUAUUAUCCGUAUAUCUCCCUGAUAUUCUCAAUUUCGUCAUGCCGCAAAAUUUUUCUCGCGAACGAAACCUUCUGUUCGAUGUAGAAUAUUUCAUCGAUGAACAGAAAUACUUCUACGUUAUAUUUUAUCAUUUAUAUAUAUCGAUAAUUUUCGGUUUGACUAUAGUUAUAGCUACGGAAACACUUUACGUAGCGUAUGUUAACCAUGCUUGUGGAAUGUUUAAGAUUGCUAGUUAUCGAUUGUAUCAUGCCUAUGAUCAAAAUGUUUUACAAAUCUCUCCUUUCAUAAAAAAUGCAGUAAUCCACACGAAAGUAGCCGCAGCAAUAGAAAUGCACAAGAGAGCUCUCAAGUUUCAUGACUUUUUGUGGUCAAAACUAGGACUACAUUAUUUUUUUAUGAUAUCGAUCGGAGUGGUAUCGCUAUCGAUUAAUUUCUUUCGUAUUUUUCAAGCAAUUGUUGUAAUAAAAAGUGCCGAAGAAUUAGUAUUGUCUGGUAUAUUCAUUGCUGCCCAUUUUAUUUACAUAUUUUGCGGCAACUAUGCCGGACAAGUUUUCAUAGACCAUAGUUUGGGGGUUCAUGAAAAUAUAUGUGAUAGUCGAUGGUACCGCAUACCUUUACGACAGCAAAAAUUAAUUCUGCUUAUUCUGCAUCGUAGUAUGCACAGUUGCAAACUGGUCACAGGUGGCAUUUUUAUUCUGUCAUUAGAAGGAUUUACAUCGGUAAUCAAAAACGAUCAUUGUGAAAUAUUAAGUGAUUUCCUACACAUUUUCUACACUAACGUUUUGUUACAGCUCCUCGCUAUGUCGAUAUCUUAUUUCACAGUAAUAUCGUCUAUCCAGCACUAACAGCGACAGAAUAAUUAUGUUUAUAAGCAAUAUUUAUCAUGUAAUAAUUAAUGCCAACUUGCUGGCAUUGCCUACAUAAUUCAAUUAUUAUUUCUUCAUCACAAAAUGUUAAAUAAGAUUUUAAACUUGAUCUAAAUCAAAUUGGUAUAAAUCAAAUAAAUGUGAUUUUUAAUGCACAUUUGAUCUUAAAAAUUGUGUCAGACUUAAAUAUCUUUGUCCCAUGUAAUUAAAAAUGUGUUUAAAAAUGUUACAAUUAUAUUUAUUACUUGCACUACAAAUUCAAGUGUGUGAUUACUCAACGUUUAAUUACUUUUUAAGCAUUUGUAUUUUUUAUGCAUUCAAUUAAAUUUAUACGUAUAAUUUUCAUACUCUUUACACGCGAUUAGGGAUUGGGAUAAGUAACCUAUCAUUUACUUGUUAUUUACUCGCGUCGCGUUUCUCGUCGAUCGUUUUACAUCACCGCUGUCUCUCAUUUGUAAUUUCAGGCUUGCAAUUGAAAUGUAUCGAUGCUUGUGCAUACUUUCGUUUCCUACACAUCAUAACCAUUGUCUCGUAGCGCGCGGUUUCAGGGACGACACUGCAUUGCAAAUCUAAGUGUGUAUUUUUGUGUCUAAAAUUAUGUAAUUACUUUUUACGCCUUUAUAUGUGUGUAAUUUUUUUAUAUACUUAGACAUGUAAAUUAAUAUUGAUGUACGUCUAAGCGUCUAAAGAGUAUAAAAAUUACACGCAUAAAUUUAAUUUAAUGCAUAAAAAAUGCAAAUGCGUAAAAAGAUACUACACAUUUUACACACUUGGAUAUGCAGUGUAAGCAACAUGAUCUAUUUAAACAAAAAAAAAAAAAUUGAUAAUACAAUGUUUCAAGUCUUUUUUUGGCUCAUAAAUUACAAAAAUCACAUAAAACAUAUCAAUAAAUUGUUACAUAGUUAUAAAUCGCAUGCUAAAUUACUUCAAUGUUCUGUGAAAAGAGAUAAGUCAGAUCCGAUUGCAAUAAAAAGAUAUUUUCUAUAUAAAAGAAGUUAUACACAUAUCUACAUAUAUAUAUAUACAAAAAAAGAGAAAAAGAAAGGAAAAACGAGGAAACGGAAGUAAGACAAUAAUAGAGUAGAAAGAGGGAGGAGAGAAAGAAAGAGAAAGAAUGCUUUUUCAAAAACGACAAAAGAUAUACCAAUCAAUCAGUAUCAAUCAAAUAUAUCGGCAAAUUUAUAUGCAAAAUACACUAACUAUAAUGAAAGAAUUAUAUAGAAUUAUAUAAAAACAUAUAUUGGGUUAAUAUAAUGUAAGAUUUAUAACAAGAACUAAAACAUCCAAAAGUAUGGAGUAAUCCCGGUAUACACGUCGCACCGAUCAAAAAUUUAAUUUAUCAAGUAUUAAUUAUUAUGUUUAAGGAAAACUAUUUAUA